AUGUUUACAAAAUUAUGUCUUCGUGGUGUGGCAGCAAUUUUGGGAGCCAAAACUAUUCACCUCGAAAAGGACGAAUAUCAACAAUUGGGUCUAGAUUGCGUGCGACAAGUUUAUGAUUUAUUGUUAUCGGAGGAUUGGAAAUUGAUUAAGAAAACUAAAGAAUGUGACACUGUCAGUAGCCUGGAAGAUUCGCGAUUGGGAAAAGUUUAUAAGUUGAGAAUUUUUAAUGAUCGAAGUGAUAUUACCUAUCAUGUUUCUGCCUCACAUGUUGGUGGUUUAAUCAAGUCACGAGACUUCGUUAAUCUUAGAUCGUCUUGUCUAAUAGAAGAUGGAAAAUUAAGCAAUGAAAGUUUGAUAUUAAAUAGCGAGGAACAGGAACGUCUUAGAAUAUUUUGUGCCAACAAUGUUAUUCGGAAUGAAUCCGAAAACACAUUAAGAGCUAUAAAAGAGCAUCCACGAAGUUUCGGGCGCCGUGUAUGGAUUGCUGCUGCAUGUAGUGUGGAACGUAAUGAGUUCCCCACAAAUUCCAAAUUUAUUAGAGGACAUAAUUUCCUAUCGGCCUUUGUUAUGCAUGAAGUGGAGGAAGAUCCCAACGAGUGCAUAUUUGAGUGGAUUAUGUGUAUCGAUCUGAAAAGUAGUUUACCAAGUUAUGUUGUAGAUAAG